AUGGAGCCCCAAAACCUAUCCAAGGUCACGGAGUUUCAGCUCUUAGGAUUCCAGAACCUUCUCGAGUGGCAGUCCCUCCUCUUUGCCAUCUUCCUGUGCUUCUAUCUCCUCACCAUCACAGGCAACAUGGUGAUCAUUGGCGUGGUGAGUGAGGAUCCGCGCCUGCGCGCUCCCAUGUACACUUUCCUCCAACAUCUGUCCUUCCUGGAGAUCUGGUACACAUCCACCACGGUGCCCCUGCUGCUGUCCAACCUGGCCUCCUGGGGCCACAUGCUGUCUUUCCCCGCCUGCAUGGCCCAGCUGUACUUCUUUGUGUUUUUUGGUGCAACCGAGUGUUUCCUCCUUGCCGCAAUGGCUUACGACCGGUACCUGGCCAUCUGCCAUCCGCUCCACUACUCUCUUCUCAUGAGCCCUGACAACUGUGCUGCUCUGGUUACAGUCUCCUGGGUGACAGGGGUGGGUACGGGCUUCCUGCCUUCACUCCUGAUUUCUAAGUUGGACUUCUGUGGGCCCAACCGCAUCAACCAUUUCUUCUGUGACCUCCCUCCGUUAAUCCAGCUGUCCUGCUCCAGCGUCUAUGUGACAGAAAUGGCCAUCUUUGUCCUGUCCAUCGCUGUGCUAUGCAUCUGUUUCCUCCUAACCCUGGUGUCCUAUGUCUUCAUAGUGUCCUCCAUUCUGAGAAUCCCCUCCACUUCCGGCAGGAUGAAGACGUUUUCUACUUGUGGUUCCCACCUGGCUGUGGUCACCAUCUACUACGGGACCAUGAUCUCCAUGUAUGUGCGCCCAAAUGCACAUCUGUCACCGGAACUCAACAAGGUCAUUUCUGUCUUCUACACCGUGGUCACUCCACUGCUCAACCCAGUUAUCUACAGCCUGAGGAACAAAGACUUCAAAGAGGCCGUGAGAAAAAUCGUGAGAACCAAGUGUGGGGUCUACAGAGCCAGAGUGAAAGGAAGUGUCCUCACUAAGUAG